CGGUCUCUAAAUUCUGUUUAUAAACAAAGCAAACCUGCUGCAGCAUUGCGUUCCCAAUUUGCCUGUUACGGUACUCUGAAUUAUUAUUAUUAUGUUUACACCUCGAAGACUGGACAGUGAGCAGCUGCAGUGGUUGAAUUAAUUGUCCUAGGACACGAUAUUGGUCCACAAUUACUUUACCAAAAUAGGAAAUAUCUGUGAAACGUUCUAUGCAUCACAGUUCAUCGUCUUGCGGAAUUGUUUUUAACCCCAGAGCUGUUUGUAGAGCUUCACCUAUAAUAAUUUUUUAAAACAGAUAUUUUGAACAAGAAAAGAGGAGAAUGCCUAAGGUGGUGUCAGGUAGUGUGGUGGUUUCGGAUGCAAAGGACCAACAGGAGUACAGUGAGGAUAAACCCCUCAUUGUUUACUACUGUCUAUGUGGCCAAAUGGCGGUCAUCAUUGAUUGUACAAUGGAGAAGCUGCCACUGCGAAAGCGUGAUGGAGCCAGGGUUAUUGAUGGCUCAAGACAUGCCCAUCGUCUUGUUUGUGAUCCUGAUGAAACAGUGUUCAUUCGCAGAGCAGAAGGCAUUGAAAAACAGUUUAGAAAAAAGUGCAAAAAAUGUAGUCUUGUUCUUUUUUAUCAGCACAAUCCAGGGAGCAGCGUGAUUUUUGUUAUGAAGGGGAGUGUGGUACAGAGUGGUGGUAAAUCGGUGGCACAGCAAGUAACAGAUAAACCCAAAGACAAGGUGAUGAUAACAAGACAUACCAAGAACAUGGGAAAAUUUUCUUCUGUCACUGUUUCUACAAUUGAUGAGGAAGAGGAUGAAAUUGAAGCUAGAGAGGUUGCAGAUUCUUAUGCAAACAAUGCCAGGAUCAUCGAGAAACAGUUAGAGCGCAAAGGAAUGAACAAAAGAAAAAGUCUGGUGCAAGAGGAAGGAACCGCAGCGCCAAAGCAAGCAAGAGGCACUCUCAUCAACCGAUAAACAGAUACCUGAGCUGCUAUAUUUCUCAUGUUUUGAGCAAACUAGUAAGCUCUGUAAUGUAUCUCUAUACAUACUUUUCAGAAUUAUUUUGAUUUUUUUUUACAACUAUAGUGAGCAAAUACUUGAUUACACAAUAUCGUACACAAUAUAAAUGCUAUAUUAUUUCCACUACAAUAUAUAUUAGAAAUAAUACUUCGACUUGUACUGAUAUUUCCUAUUGACAAGAUUUAUAUACAAUGUGUACUUCAUAUUUUUCAGAUUAUGUGAAUAAAAGAUAGCUAUUGAAUACUUGUAAAUAUUUUAUUCCAUGAUUGAAAAACAAGAACAGUGCAGAGCAGAGAAAAGUAUACUAUAUGUCCCUUUCAGAGAAGGUUAUUCAUCUAGUUUGUUUAAUUCUGGUAGAAAGUUUUCAUUUUAUUUAUUUUUGAAUACACAGUAAUUUAUACCAAAAGUUCUUCAUGUGUAAGAUGAAGUUUGUAAUGAAAAUGAAACAGUAAUGGAAAAGAUGUUUCUUAAA